AUGGCACAACAAAAUGACCCUAAAGUCGCAAAUGUGGAAGCACAAUCAGUAUCUGAUUCUGUGAAUGCUUUCUCCAAUUCUGAUUUGCCAAAGGACUCGGGUGCUGAUAUGGCUGCACCCUAUGGGACGCGCUCGCGCAAUAGAGGCAGCAACGCCCGCAUUAAUUAUGCAGAGGACAAGGACAUUGACAUGGAUGUGUAUGAGUUUUACGAUAAGAAAGACCAAGAUGUCUCAAAGAAGUCAUCGCGGAAAUCCGAGUCCGGCACAAAUGGAGACAACACCCCACGCUCUAUAGGUUCCCGGAGAGCUGCAGUCGAGGAUUCCAAAGCAGCAACACUAUUUCAGAAUGGCUCCAAGGACACGACACCAAGCACCACAGCCUGUAGUCGCGCGCAGGAGCGCAAGCUUGAGGCUCGCCAUACCCCCAAUGGUGCUGAUGUCGAGGACGAUGAUCUUCUCGAUGAUGACGACGACGACCUUCAGGGCAUAGGCACCGAUCGUACCACGUCGGCAGAUGCGGAGGAGCACCACCACCACAAAGGCACAGCAGAACAGAUAUACCAAGCAAGUCUUUGGCCAUGGCGCUAUCUCGGUAUGCACUGCAAACCCGAGGAUGCUCUCGAUUACGAUGACAGAAUUCAUCCUCGUGCCAGCACGCGAAUCGGUCCCCGCCAUCAAGCCAAUGUUACUCCCUGGCCUGGCCGUCCUGUGGAAUAUGUCAAGCCAUUGGAAAUGAAAAAAGGCAGAGGAGCAUCAAAGCUGUCCAAGGAGGCUCAAGUUGCUCAGGAGGCUGAGAAGGCGGCUCGCACCAAGCGGCCCAAGUGGGUGCAGGAUGAGCCGCCAGGCUACCAGGCGCGCGGGGAGGAUUUGGACGAGAAUGACCCAAGCGCCACGUCGACACGUCUCUGGGUGCCUAAAUCCUCGGACUCGACUGAAAAUGGCGACGUGUUUGGGUACAUGACCAAAGCUCAGGGCUUGAGCAAGAAAUUGGGAUUGCCUGAACGCUCGACCAACCUGCAGGACAUUGCGCUAGAGACGCUUUACCGCAACAGCCAUGACCCCGUCAACGCUCUUCGGCAUCUGCCCGAAACCGACCGGUCUGUGUUCAAGGAACCAUCGCUGACACCCGCCGAGCAGAAGAAAUUUGAGGAGGGAGUUGCCAAAUACGGCUCCGAGCUGCACCUUGUCAUGAAGCAUGUGAAAACAAUGACACCAGGCGAGGUGGUGCGGCACUACUACACCUGGAAGAAGACGGAACGCGGCCAACAAGUCUGGGGCUCUUACUCCGGUCGCAAGGGCAAGAGAUUGGCCAAGAGGGAAGACACCGCCGCGUCCAAGGCGGCAGAUGACGUGGCUGACAAUGACGACGACUCUGCGUUUGAUUCCAAGAAAGCCGUCGAGAAAAAGCGCAGCUUUAUUUGCCAGUUUUGCUCGACAACCGCCUCCAGGCAAUGGCGGCGGGCCCCGACUACUCAGGGACUCGUGAACGCAAACGGAACGAAAGCGACAAGCAAGGACAAGGGAAGCCAAUACAUCAUUGCCCUGUGUCGGCGAUGUGCCGAGUUGUGGCGCCGAUAUGCCAUUCGCUGGGAAGACAUGGACGACGUGGCGAAAAAGGUUGGACAAUCCGGAGGCAAGGCCUGGAAACGAAAGCAAGACGAGGAGCUUCUCAAAGAACUGCAGGCCGCACAGGAAAUGGGCCUGAAGACCCCUGAUCGCGGGUCUACCCCCGCCGCUGCCACCAACGGACAAGAGCCGCCGAGGAAGAAACUCAAGGGUGCGCCGGAUAAGGAUGUCGAUGCCGCAGCUUCCGAGACGGGAAGCACUGCCACGACCUUGCGCAAGAAGGACAAGACGGCAGACUCAACGCCCGUGCCUGACCUGCCGAAGCCACGCACUCUUCCAUGCGCUGUUUGCGACCGGCUAGAACCCCUGGGCGAUCAACAUCUUUCUUGCCGGGAAUGUCGAUUGACAGUCCAUCGCAAUUGCUACGGUGUAAUAGACAACAGGAUCCAGGGCAAGUGGAUAUGCGACAUGUGCUUCAACGACAAGAGCCCACAAGUUUCGAUACACUACAAAUGCGUCCUGUGUCCGGUGGAGUUCACGGAGCAGGAUUUUAUAGAGCAACCGAAGCUCACGCAUCAUAAAAAGAAGAUGUCUGAGAAGGAUCGCGAACGUGAGAGAAUAGAGGUUCAGCAGGCGCGAAAGGCCGUUGAGUAUUAUCGGAAAAGACAAGAGGAGCUGAACCGGCCCUUGAACCCUCGAGAGCCGCUCAAGAGAACAGCGGACAACAAUUGGGUUCAUGUCACUUGCGCAGUAUGGACCCCCGAAGUCAAGUUCGGGAAUGCCAGGGCCCUGGAGCCACUGGAGGGCAUCCCUUUGAUACCUCGAGCCAGGUAUGACGAGGUGUGCCAAGCUUGCAACCAAAAGGGAGGUGCUUGCAUCUCUUGUCACCAGUGCCGAAUACCAUAUCAUGUCGAGUGUGCUCGUCAACAGGGCCACCUCCUUGGAUUUGACGUUUCGCCGGUCAAGAGCUCUCGUCGCGACCAGUCCAACAUUGUGACGAUGAAGGGAGAGAGCGGCAUCAUGUCUGCUGUGCUGUGGUGCAAAGACCACGUUCCCAGAAAGUCGAUUGCACACAAGAUGGAUGAAGUCGUCAACGAAUCUGGGCUGAAUGCUUUGCAGCUUUACGUGCAAAACUAUAAACAGGCCGACUUGACCCUGACAGGCACUGUUCGAAAAGCGAACCUGAUGAUGACUGCCGCCAAGAUGUCGGGCUUACCCCUGGCGCCCAGCACCCGACGUGCUUCGUCAAGCGCCACGGGUCCGAACGGUGUGCUGAGCCAGGUCCGUGGCGGAGAUGCCACGGAGGCUGCUGCAAACGCCGAGCACCCUGGGGAGAAGGUCUGCAUGACAUGCGGCAUUGACGUGACGCCGAGGUGGUGGCCUAUAGACACUACGCAAGAACGGAGGCUUACGAAUGGACACCACGGAGCGAUUGGAUUCGAGGCGCAAAAGUUUGUGGAGCAGCGCAAGUUCCAGUGCCACAGGUGCAAGAAGAGCCCCAGGACCCCAGGGUCGUUUUCGGCGCAGCCAUCCUCACCGGCAGCGACGGAGCCUCCGAGACAACAGCAGCAACCACAACAACCACAACAAGCACCCUUGACGAGCUCGGCCAAUGCUCCGCCGCUGCUGCCGCCGCCACCGCCGCCGCCGCCGCCGCCGUCUCUGCGAAGUCCUUCGCGGCCGCCGUCCUCAGACUAUCGGGCUGCUCCCCUGCGCCCGGAAAUCCACACGUUGCUGCAUCAUGCGCCUGCACAAGCUCCGGAACCUCCACCACCGCCACCGCCAUCUCAUGCGCCAUCAACGCCCGUGGGUCACGUUUCGCACGGACAAGCUCAUUCUUUGGGUCCACGGCCAAAUCAUGCCGUAGGCCACGGGUAUCCCCAAGCACCUCCUUCGAGAUCAGCGUACGGCGAUUGGGGAAGCCAGCACGGAUCACCGCCUCGCCACAUGGGCGGCGCACCUCCGCCACCCUUGCACGGCGGUGGGCCUCCUCCUCCUCCAGUGUCGAGCCUUACUGCGCUCCGACCACCAUCGAUGUCUGGACCGCCUCCCAUCGCAUCGGUACCUGUACAACACCAACAUGCGCAUGGAUCACCGUUGUAUGGGAGCGCGAUGCCUCCGUCACCUCGAAGACUGAAUGGCGCGGCUCCACCGCCAGGCUACGUGCCGCCAUACGGCAGCACUCCUUCGUCGGCGCAUGCUCCCGCUUCUCGACAUGUCGCCGUCUCGCCAGGUGUGAGCCACGGUGCCCUGCCUCCCCGAUCUGACGGGUUUCCUCAUGGGCUGCACACGCAACGGGCACCAUCCUACGCUGCUGGCGUGCACACAAGCCCCGCAAUGGUAACCCGGAGCGGGCUGCCACCUCCGGGGGGACCUCCUGCGGUAGCAGCGCAGCGUGAAGCAGUGGGGUCUGUUGGCGGACUCGGACAUCGGCCGGGGGAGAGCCGGCCGGCAAGUGGUGCCAGCGCAAGCCCGUCACUGCGAAACCUACUAUCAUAG